UCAGAAUGCUUCCAGAACACAGUUCUAGAGCUGGCGCCGGCCUUCUGGUUUUUACUUACGACCCCGUGCUACUGGUAUCACUUGCUGACCUCGUCACGUGACAAACAUUCGGUCUGCUGGAUUUUUAUUGCUAAACUGAUUUUAGCUUUGUGCCUUUCGGCGGCUGAUAUCACGUGGGGUUUUGGUUUAGUGACGGAAGAAAUAGUGGCUGACCGACUCACCGUAGUACUGGUUCAGGUCGUUAUUCUGAUGUUCUACAUAGGCACCAUUGUACUAGAGAAAUCACGUAACGUUGUCAGAUCUUUCCCUAUGUUUGUCUACUGGUCCCUGGCAUCGUUCUGUUUGCUUGUGAAAAUCUUUGAAAAGGGAAUGAGCGGAGACCAUGCAAGAGCCACGUUCAACUUCAGCCUGGUGGUCGUGCGGUAUGUGGCGACUACAGGGCUUCUGGUGGUCACGUGUUUUGCUGAGUACCAUGGGGCUAAAGGCAAGUCACAUAACCCUGAGACAUCGGCUGCUGUUUUAUCCUGGAUCUCCUUCACGUGGCUGGAACCCCUAUUGUGGCUGGGAUACAAACGUCCAUUACAAGAUGAUGAUACAUACGAUCUCAUGCCGCAGGACACGUCGUCGUCAGUAACAGAUGCCCUCAUUAAAAACUUGAUAAUUACCACACACAUUUCUCCAAAAAGGAGACCCAGGAAGUGGAUAAGAGCUACGCCAAGCUACAAUGAAACCCAACUUGUGGUCGUUAACAAAGUUGAAGACACAGAGAGACGAUCCUACGACGCCGUCAAGAGCUAUGCUAGCAAUGAAACAAAUAAGCCAAAACAAAGAUCGUUCUUCAUGGCUCUGUUUUUAACCUUCAGAUGGGAGUUUUUAUAUUGCAAUAUUGGGAUGUUGGUUUAUGUGGCUAUGAAUUUAUUUAUCCCCUUCAUUCUUGGUUGGUUGAUAGACUACAGUGUAAAUAUAACAGAGCUACACUGGCAUGGCUAUGUCUUUAUGAUGUUGCUUUUAGCCUCCAAAAUGCUGACCACAGUUUUCAGCCAAUCGUCUGAGUACCUAAGUAACAGACUGGCCAUUCGAGUACGUAGUGCUGCUAUUGGCGCCAUAUUUCGAAAGUCUUUGCGAUUGUCCAAUGAAUCUCGAAAAAUCUUUGGCUUGGGGGAAAUCUCAAACUUAAUGUCUGUCGACACAAAUCACUUCGAGCUGUGUCUAAAUGGGGCAUUUUGGAUAUGGAUGAGUAUUUUGCUCUUUGCCUUUGGGUGUUACUUGCUGUAUACUGUCAUUGGAUUCGCAAUGCUAACAGGGUUAGAUUUAACUUGCUUGAUGUUACUAAGCAAUCUUGCUAUAACACAAAAAAUGAGAACUUAUCACGAAGAGAUGAUGGUGGUGAAAGACGAAAGACUAAACAUAAUGAGUGAAAUACUGCAAGGCAUCAAGAUGAUAAUUAUCAGGAUACCUCGCUAA